AUGGUAUGUAUCACGAUAUCACUGAAUUUGUACGAUCGUGUGAAGAAUGCCAGAAAUACGAAAUACGUGGAGAUUCAGCCUCUCAUGUCAGCUACGGGGAAAGCCGUUUACAAAAUAGAGCACGUACUCUGCCUGCCAUACCAUCAGCAGGUGAAUUUCGCCGAGCGAGCAAUCAAAACGCUGAAGCUAAUGGUGGCGAUCUUCGUAUAUCAGGAUCACAGAAAUUGGAACAAGUAUUUAUACGAAUUUAGACAGACAAUGAAUACGACAAUCCAGGUGAGUAAGAAGGUUUCACCGGCGUUUUCAAACUUUGGACGCGAGCCACAACAAGCGAAGAGUCUGCAACGCGAGGUAGAAGCGCAAAUACCGAUUAUCUACUCGUCGAUUAAAGAUUGGAGCGAGCGAAUAGCAAGGCUGGACGCGCUGCGUGAUUUAGUCAUCAAGCAUAUUGAGGAAGCGCAGACUCGGCAAUUGAAGCAUUACGAUAGGAAGCAGCGCCAGGCGGAAUUUUCGGUCGGUAAUUUGGUCUUGAGACACGCGCAUACGUUGUCAAGCGCGAGCACGGGUAGAAAUGCCAAGUUGGAUCCGAGGUUCUCUGGCCCGUAUAAGGUUUUGCAAGUAAUCUCGCUGGGAAUCUACAUCUUAACCACGGAAAAUAAAAAGCAAGUUCCGAUGGCUCAUAUAUCGGAGCUCAAGAGAUACGUAUCCCCGCCGAACGUGAACAAGAACAGCUAG